CCCUGCCCUGCCCGCCCCGCUGCAUCCCCAGCGCGAGCCCGAGCCCGCUCCGGCCGCGGGGCGCGCCGGCCGGGGUUUAGGGAGGCGGCUCCGAGGGGACUGGCGGGCGAGCCGCCCCUCCCGGGCUCUCCCUCGCCCUCGCCGCGGAGGGACCCACACCUGAGCCCGGACGCACCCCCGGCCGGGGCCACGCUGGAUCCGCCUCCCGGCCUGGGUCCCGCCCGCCGGCUGCAGGUGGGCUGCGGCGCCCGGGGCGCGGACAGUGGGCGGCGGAGAAGGAGGUGAGCCGCGUCCGCGCCGGCUGCCGCUCGCCGCCCGCCCCGCCGCGGCGCUCGCCGCCUCCCCUCGCCGCAGGCAGGGCGCGGAGCCGCGCGCCCGCCCGCCCCGCCGCCGCGUCGCUCCGGGGCACCAUGGAGCUCUCGCCGGCGUCCGGAGGAGCCGCGGAGGCGCUGUCCUGGCCGGAGAUGUUCCCGGGACUGGAGUCCGACUCGCCGCUGCCCCCGGAGGAGCUGGACGCGGCGGUCCCCGUCAGCGGGGCCGUGGCCGGGGGCAUGCUGGACCGGAUCCUGCUGGAGUCGGUGUGCCAGCAGCAGAGCUGGGUCCGCGUGUACGAUGUGAAGGGGCCCCCCACGCACCGCCUGUCCUGCGGCCAGUCGCCCUACACCGAGACGACGACAUGGGAGCGGAAGUACUGCAUCCUCACGGACAGCCAGCUGGUGCUGCUCAACAAGGAGAAGGAGGUGCCAGCGGAGGGAGGCCCCGAGCAGCAGGCCGACUCCACCAAAGGGAGAUGCCUCAGGAGGACCGUCAGCGUCCCUUCCGAGGGCCAGUUUCCUGAGUACCCGCCAGAGGGCGCCGCUAAACUGGAGGUGCCCGCAGAGAGGUCCCCCCGCAGACGGAGCAUCUCGGGGACCAGCACGUCGGAGAAGCCCAGCUCCAUGGACACUGCAUAUACCUCGCCCUUCAAAGUACCAGGGUUCUUCAGCAAGCGCCUGAAAGGCUCCAUCAAGAGGACCAAAAGCCAGUCGAAGCUGGACAGAAACACAAGCUUCCGGCUGCCAUCCCUUCGCAAUACAGAGGACAGGUCCCGUGGGCUGCCCAAACUGAAAGAGUCGCGCUCCCACGAGUCCCUGCUGAGCCCGUGCAGCGCGGUGGAGUGCCUGGACCUGGGCCGCGGGGAGCCGGUCGCCGUGAAGCCGCUGCACAGCAGCCUCCUCGGGCAGGACUUCUGCUUCGAGGUCACCUACCUGAGCGGAAGCAAAUGCUUCAGCUGCAACUCCGCCUCAGAGCGAGACAAGUGGAUGGAAAACCUCCGCAGGACAGUUCAACCAAACAAGGACAACUGCAGACGAGCUGAGAAUGUUCUCCGUUUGUGGAUCAUCGAAGCCAAGGACCUCGCCCCCAAAAAGAAAUAUUUCUGUGAACUGUGCCUUGAUGAUACCCUCUUUGCCCGGACAACCAGCAAGACCAAAGCAGACAACAUUUUCUGGGGUGAACAUUUCGAAUUCUACAGUCUUCCACCUCUUCACAGCAUCACCGUUCACAUUUAUAAAGAUGUGGAGAAAAAGAAAAAAAAGGACAAGAAUAACUAUGUCGGGCUGGUCAACAUCCCCACGGCCAGCGUGACCGGUCGCCAGUUCGUGGAAAAGUGGUACCCGGUGAGCACACCCACGCCCAACAAAGGAAAGGCGGGGGGGCCUUCCAUUCGGAUCAAAUCGCGCUUCCAAACCAUCACCAUUCUGCCUAUGGAGCAAUACAAAGAAUUUGCGGAAUUCGUCACCAGCAACUACACCAUGCUGUGCUCCGUCCUGGAGCCCGUGAUCAGCGUGAGGAAUAAAGAGGAGUUGGCGUGUGCCUUAGUCCACAUCCUUCAAAGCACCGGGCGAGCCAAGGACUUCCUGACCGACCUGGUGAUGUCUGAGGUGGACCGCUGCGGAGAGCACGACGUCUUGAUCUUCAGGGAGAACACCAUCGCCACCAAGUCCAUCGAGGAGUACCUCAAGCUGGUGGGGCAGCAGUAUCUUCACGAUGCACUGGGGGAGUUCAUCAAGGCUUUGUAUGAGUCGGACGAGAACUGCGAAGUGGACCCCAGCAAAUGUUCGUCCAGCGAGCUGCUGGACCACCAGAGCAACCUGAAAAUGUGCUGCGAGCUGGCUUUCUGCAAGAUCAUCAACUCUUACUGCGUCUUCCCCCGAGAGCUGAAGGAAGUGUUCGCGUCCUGGAAGCAGCAGUGCCUGACGCGCGGCAAGCAGGACAUCAGCGAGCGGCUCAUCAGCGCCUCGCUGUUCCUGCGCUUCCUCUGCCCGGCCAUCAUGUCCCCCAGCCUGUUCAACCUCAUGCAGGAGUACCCCGACGACCGCACGUCCCGGACUCUGACUCUGAUCGCCAAGGUCAUCCAGAACCUGGCGAACUUCGCCAAAUUUGGUAACAAAGAAGAAUACAUGGCGUUCAUGAACGAUUUUUUAGAGCACGAGUGGGGCGGCAUGAAGCGCUUUCUCCUGGAGAUCUCCAAUCCAGACACCAUCUCCAACACCCCGGGCUUCGACGGCUACAUCGACCUGGGCCGGGAGCUCUCGGUUUUGCACUCCUUACUGUGGGAAGUGGUGUCCCAGCUGGAUAAGGGUGAAAAUUCCUUCCUACAGGCGACCGUGGCGAAACUGGGGCCUCUCCCUCGCGUUCUCGCUGAUAUCACCAAGUCUCUGACUAACCCCACGCCGAUACAGCAGCAGCUGCGGCGCUUCACGGAGCACAGCUCCAGCCCCAACGUCAGCGGAAGCCUGUCCUCCGGGCUGCAGAAGAUAUUCGAGGACCCCACUGACAGUGAUUUGCACAAACUCAAGUCUCCGAGCCAGGACAACACAGAUGGCUACUUCAGGGGGAAGACCCUGCUGCUGGUUCAGCAAGCCUCCUCCCAGAGCAUGACGUACUCUGAGAAGGAGGAGAAGGACGGCAGCCUUCCGAACGGGCGGAGCGUCUCCCUCAUGGACCUGCAGGACACGCACGCCACCCCGGCGGACCACGCGUCUUCCGUCAUGCUCGACGUGCCGCUGCGCCUGACCGGGAGCCAGCUGUCCAUCACCCAGGUGGCCAGCAUCAAGCAGCUGCGGGAGACCCAGAGCACGCCCCAGAGCGCCCCCCAAGUGAGAAGGCCCCUGCACCCGGCCCUGAGCCAGCCCGGCACCCUCCAGCCCUUGUCGUUCCAGAACCCCGUCUAUCACCUCAGCAACCCGAUCCCAGCGAUGCCAAAGGCCUCUGUGGAUUCCAGCCUGGAGAACCUGAGCACCGCCAGUUCCCGAAGCCAAAGCAACAGCGAGGACUUCAAACUCAGCGGGCCCAGCAACAGCAGCAUGGAGGACUUCAGCAAGCGGAGCACGCAGAGCGAGGACUACUCCAGGCGGCACACCGUGCCCGACAGACACAUACCUCUGGCCCUGCCCCGGCAGAACAGCACGGGGCAGGCCCCGGUCCGCAGAAUGGACCCCGCCGGGCUGGGCGCGCGGGCCAAAGCCCCGCCGUCCCUGCCGCACAGUGCCUCCUUGCGCAGCACCGGGAGCAUGUCCGUGGCCUCGGCGGCCCUGGCGGCGGAGCCCGCGCAGAACGGGAGCCGGUCCCGACAGCAGUCCUCGUCGUCCAGGGAGAGCCCGGUGCCCAAAGUGAGAGCGAUCCAGAGGCCGCAGGCGCAGCAGGUCCAGUCACCGGUGGACUCGGCCACAAUGUCCCCCGUGGAGAGGACAGCGGCCUGGGUUCUGAACAACGGGCAGUACGAAGAGGAUGUGGAAGAAGCCGAGCGAAAUCAGGACGAAGCCAAGCACGCUGAGAAGUACGAACAGGAAAUCACCAAGCUGAAGGAGCGCCUGCGAGUGUCCAGCCGGCGGCUGGAGGAGUACGAGCGCCGGCUGCUGGUGCAGGAGCAGCAGAUGCAGAAGCUGCUGCUGGAGUACAAGGCGCGGCUGGAGGACAGCGAGGAGCGGCUGCGCCGGCAGCAGGAGGAGAAGGACAGCCAGAUGAAGAGCAUCAUCAGCAGGCUAAUGGCUGUGGAAGAGGAGCUGAAGAAGGACCACGCUGAGAUGCAGGCAGUCAUCGACGCAAAGCAGAAAAUAAUCGAUGCCCAGGAAAAACGGAUCGUGUCCCUGGACUCGGCCAACACCAGGCUGAUGAGCGCGCUGACCCAGGUGAAGGAGCGCUACAGCAUGCAGGUCCGCAAUGGCAUCUCGCCCACCCACCCCACCAAGCUUUCCAUCACGGAGAAUGGUGAAUUCAAAAACAGCAGCUGCUGACGGCCUCAGGGGCCAGCCAGGCCGUGGGAGGAGACGGGAGGAAGCGUCCCCGCGCUCCCGCGCCCAGCCCUGCACCCGGCCCGCCAGGUUUCCCGCCCGGGUUCCCAGAAUGUCGCUACUUCGUCCAGAACAGCCGUGUGUGCGGCGAGAAGCUCCCAGAUGAAGGAGGAACCUUGGCUCCCAGGGCAGGAGGCUAGGACUUCCGAGGUGGCCGCUCUCCCCCAUGCCUCCGUGUACAUAGGGGACUGAGUUCCGGGCCGUGUACAGCAAACCCCCCUGUAAUAUACCCGCCCACUGGAAGUUAAUAAUGUAGAUUACCUUUUUAAUUAUU